AGUCACCAAAAACCUUCAAUCAAAUAACUAUGAGUAGAAAUAAAGAGAGAAAAUACGAAAAUAAAUAUAGCAAUACAAGAGAUGUCAACAAUGUCGAAUUCAACUUCAAGUGCGGAUGGAGAUGAUGACCUGUUAAGUUUUGAAAAGUUAGACCGAUCUUCACCAGACCUAUGGCCAGAGCAGAUACCUGGUGUUUCUGAGUUUGCUUCACUUAAAAGCCCUGUCCCCCGACCUGGAACUUCCCCUAAAUGGAUGGCUGAAUUAGAGAAUGAAGAUAUAGGAUUACUACAAGAAUUCGGCAGUCUGACAACUUCACAGUUGAUGGAAAAAAUAAAAGGCUUACAAAAUCUGGCAUACCAGUUAGGGCUAGAUGAAGCAAGAGAGAUGACACGAGGAAAAUUUCUUAACAUUUUACAGAAGAAGUUUUAAAGUUCUUUUACAAAUGACUUUUUCCUACAGAAUUUUAUUUUAAUUUGUACAUAAAUCAUCAAUGCAUUGUACAUGCAUUAUAGAAUUUGUAUGUGCAAUAUCAUCAUGUUAUAAUAAACGACAUGGUUGUAAGUUUUA